UCAGAAGAUAUAUAUUUUAUUGAUUAAUAUGAGAUCGUUACUUCAUGUCUUGACAUUUCUUUUGUUUAUAUUGUGCUACUUUUUUGUUUUGCAGUUCGGUUUUAUUUUGUAUAAAGAUCCAAGACAUCAAUAAGCUUGAUGGGGAAGGAUAACUGUUGUGAGAGGCGACAGUCUUCUUUGUUUGUACAUCUGAUCGUUUGCCUGCUUGGGAUUGGGUCAUGGAUAGCUAUAAACGGUCUGUGGGUAGAGUUACCCAUCUUAGUCCAGCAUCUGCCCGAGGGCUGGAGCCUUGGGUCUUACCUGGUCAUCAUCACUCAAGUGGCUAACAUAGGACCACUCGUCUUCACUGUGGCAACCACCCUGGCCCCGGGCAGAGUGCAAGAGAAGCCAGUGGUCUAUGUUAUUGUCACUAUCGGGACUGUGUCUUGUCUGUUACUGGCCUUCCUGUGGGAUAGGACAAGCGUUAUAGCGGGCAAAGAACACAGUACUGCUUUCCUUGUUUUGCAGUUCUGCUUAGCCCUCGUGGAUUGUACAUCUUCUGUUGUUUUCUUACCAUUCAUGUCCGUGUUUAAGCCACAGUACAUGAUGACGUACUUUGUGGGCGAGGGUAUGAGUGGCUUGCUGCCCAGCAUGGUGGCCUUGUGGCAAGGGGCAGGUGCUGUCAGGUGUGUCAAUCAGACAAAUGUAACCAUCAUCAAUACCACACAACACACUGGUGCGAGCUUCUCAAUACAUCCAGAAUAUGUGGAACCCAAUUUCCCGGUGCGGGAUUUCUUUUUGUUCCUCUUUGUUAUGAUGCUUGUGUGUGGGAUCGCCUUCACGUGUCUUAACCAUCACCCUGCUUGCAAACGUGAAAUGGUCCGCACUCAAAAGGUGGUAGAGGAUAUUGCAGACCAUACCAGUGACCAUGACCCUGCCGUUCAGGAGAUUGUCUAUGAGUCAAGGUCAAAGGGAACGGACAACAAAACAACAGAUGAGAGUGGAAACCUGACUGAAUCAGGAAGCUCUUCAUCUCGGCUCUUGGAAGGGGAACAAAGUAAAUACUCAUCAGUGGUGGACAAGAGUUCCGCAGAUGUCAGCAGCAGUGCAGUGAAGAUCUCCCGGCCUAGUUAUCCUAGUUAUGUGUACCUGCUAGUGCUGACUGUCUGGAUCAAUGCUCUAACUAACGGUGUCCUGCCCUCCAUCCAGUCUUACUCAUGUCUACCCUAUGGCACGGAGCCGUACCACCUGGCCGUCACACUGACAAGCAUCUCCAAUCCUCUCGCUUGUUUCAUCGCCUUCUUCCUAUCCACCAUGUCAAACCUCGUCAUUACAUUCCUCACACUGCUGGGCUCUGGGGUCGCUGGCUACAUUAUCCUUCUGGCCUCACUUAGCCCAACCCCCUACUAUGUAGGGGAGACUACUGGUGCUGCUCUUGUGAUAUCCUCUUGGGUGAUGACUACGCUGUGCCUAACUUAUGCCAAGGUCUCCAUAGCAACUGCCUUGAGAAAAGAGGGUCGGCAGGGGUUGUUAUGGUGUGGUGCCACAACGCAGAUCGGUUCUGCAGCCGGCGCCAUCAUCAUGUUCGUCCUAGUCAGCAUCGUGAACUCCUUCACUGCAGCACCUAUGUGCCCCGUUUGAGCUACAAGAAAAACAACAACAGAGUGUAUAUUUUACAUAUUGAUAUGUAUAGACUUUUUUUUAUCAAGAUGGAUAAUGUCAGCAGUGGUACUUUUAUCGGUGAAUUGAAGACGAUUGUUACGUACGUAAGAUAAGCAUUUUGUAGCGGGGCACAGCCUUGCCCCAAGAUAGUGUACAAGCAUGUCCCAUGGAUUUUAGUGGACUGGAGUUUUCUCAUUGUAGAUGGGUAUGGCUCUAAAACUUAAUAGUCCAUUGAAUAGGGAGCCCUUGUUGGCUCAUUGAACUAAGGUGUUCUCACACCCAGUCACCCCCUGAUUGCCGUGAGUUCAACUCCAGCUGAUGCUGGCUUCCUUUCCGGCUGAAUGUGGGAAGGUCGUGGGUUUCCUCCCACCUUCAUGCUGGCCUUCUUCGUAUAAGUGAAAUAUAUUGUAGUACGACAUAAAACACCAAUCAAAUAAAUAAAUACCAGCACUAUCUCACCAUGAUAUGGCUGCAAUGCUGCCAAAGUGGCACUGAACCUUAAUCAUUCAUUCCUUAGUGCUAUCCAUCAAGUCACUGUCUGGUAAAGAGAGAUUCACUUGUUUUGUCCUGUGACAGUGUGUGAUGUGGAUUGGAACAAGUGACCUACAUAUAGUGUACAAUAUGUCAAGUGUGUUAUGUGUACGCAUUGUAAUGAUAACCUCAUCAGCAGGGACUUACCUGUAAGGUGUGUACACAGACUUGAAACUUUUGUUAUCUGACGUUGUUAGGGCAAAGGUCUUGACAAGAGCUUUCUGAGAUAGCCAUGCAACUGGCUGUACUUGGAAACCCAUCAUGUCCUAUAUGUUUCAAUCUUAAUGAUAUGUUCCCAGUGCUACAGUGUCCACCUUGAAGGUUGACUCAAACUGGUUCAAACCUGAGUUGGGUCAAAACUCUGGUAGUGUGAAGAAAAUUUAUGACGCGGGCUUUGCUGUGAUGAAGAGUUAGGUUUCUGUUAGUCCCAUGUCAUAAUUCUGACAGACCAGACUGUCCGAUUUGGUGUCAGUGGCACAAUACUUUAUCGAGGCAACUCUGUGAAUAGUCAGCAAGGAAACAGAUUUACUGAUAUAUGGUCAGAUUUUUGUUGAAACUACUAAGACCUGUUUAACUCCGUGAAAACCAACAAACAAACUAUUACCAUCAGGUUACAGAGCCAUGCCUUCUGAAUGUACAGGUGUGUUAACCUGAUAUACAUGUAAGGCAAAACUUCGUUAAGAUUAGGGUACAGUGGAACUGUGCCAGAUCUUAUUCAAUACAUGUAAUUGACAUG